AUGGAUUUUCUUCAUCGGAAUGGAGUGCUUGUUAUUCAGCACUUGCAGAAGGACUACCGAGCCUACUAUGAUUUUCUAAAUUUUAUGUCCAAUGUUGGAGAUCCGAGGAAUAUUUUUUCUAUUUAUUUCCCACUUUGGUUUCAACUUAAUCAGACAGUAGGAACCAAGAUGAUAUGGGUAGCAGUCAUUGGAGAUUGGUUCAAUCUUAUAUUUAAAUGGAUAUUAUUUGGUCAUCGUCCAUAUUGGUGGAUCCAAGAAACUCAGAUUUACCCAAAUCACUCUGGCCCCUGUCUUGAGCAGUUCCCCACAACAUGUGAAACAGGACCAG